CGGUCGCCGUCAGAGACGGGAGUGCCUCAGCUCCUCUACGGCAACCAGCCCAGCCCAGCCCAGCCCAGCCCAGCCUUGCCUUGGCCUGCACGCGCGCUCUCUGGCGCGCGCGAGGGGAACCAAUGUGCCGCGGUGACGUCAGAGGCGGCGGGGUGCGGCCCCCGGCGCUCGGCCCCGGGACCAAGAUAGCGAAGCCCAUGCUGCCUCGGAAGAUCACGAGCUCGGCCCGGAUCAACCUGAACAAGCACUGGAACGCCUUGGAGGAGCUCGUCAUGUGCUCGAUGCCGCAACGGGGAAUCCAACAUGGCGGGCGGGACGCCGACAUUUCCAACGAGAUCAACGAGAACCUGGCCAACGAGAGGCUGGAGUCGAGUCGUUUGGGCGCGUGCCGGACGCCCGGCGUCGAGCCCGACCAUCGGCGACCCCACGGCGGCGACGGCGUCGGAGCGGGAGGGCCCCGAAGUCGCGAGGUGGGCGUCUGGCGUCCGAGCGCAGCACUGCGUGCGGAGGUCGGCUCGCUGAGCAGUCAAGUGCCUUCGUCACUCGAACUUUCGGUGAGGGUCGUCAAGCUGGGAGUUUGAACGAGGCCAGUGAUAAGACAUGUCACAUUAUUUGUAAUGUCUUGUAGCUUCUAUGUACUUCGAAUUGCAUACCGUAUUCGAUCAUAAUCAUAUUGUCUUCAAUAUACUUAUCUGAUAUAGCCUAUAUGCUUAAUUCAAAAACUCACGGCUUCUUGAAAAUUGUUAUAUUUGGCAUGUCUUUAGUGUCACAAAUUGGUUUUGAAGUGUUCUUUGAAUUUUUUGAAUACUUUUAUUUAAUACUGUAAAUUUAUAAAUUUCCCACCGCCGACGAAAAAUGUAAUUUCUUUAUUUUGUGUGCGCCAUGAGUUUUUAUUUUUUAAGAAAAGACUAGUUGAUUGUUUUUUUUCUGAAAGGAAGAAAAAUGAACCCAAUCCUAUGAAGUGCAAACUAUUAUUGCUAGUGUGCGAUAAUUAUAAGAAUUUUUUUCAACAUGUAUGUACUUAAAUUAAACCAGUACUUACGUCAAUUCUUUAAUUAGUACGACUUUUUUCUUUUCUUUUUCGAAAACUAUGUAUGUUGCUACCCUCAUGUUACCUAUUUUUGUACUUCGUGGUCUCUUCUACAAAUAUAGAUGUAGUAUGAUCGUUGUAUAAUUUUAUAUUUUUUAACCGUAUUGUAAUUAGACUGAUCUCGUUGAUUUUAUUGUUAUAACUAAUAAGAGAAUAAUGCUAAAGUUUUACUCAUGUAGGUUCCUAGGUGUCCGUGAUCUUUAAAUUAGUUACGCUCAUGUGGCGAGGGUCAUGAGUGAUCGCAACUCAUGGCAAGGAUGAAAUUUACGAGUAAUGAGUUGGUAUCUUUGAAAUAGCAUCGCCUUUUAAACUAUAUGCCUAGCCUUGCUGUGUAAAAUCCUAUCUUUACUUUUCUAACCUUGAACAAAGCUAUUAAUAGUUUUAAAGUAUUAACAGUUAUUUGAAUUAUUCCAGUAAAGCCGAUUGUUUACAAAAGCUAACAUAAAUAUGUAUGAUUUUCUUCUUCUUCAUAGGCUAAUAUUAUCUGCAUUGCUGAGCAUAUUUCAUUAAAUCUUACCUAUUUGGCUAUGUAUAUUAUUUCCUGCUAAUGGCCAUUAAACACAGUACGUUUUCUUGUAAAUUACCCAACAGAUUUUUUUAACGGUUUGCUUAAUUUAUUGUUGUCCUGUGGCAGUGAUGUUUAAUUACGUGAUUAGAACAUGAAAACUUAAAUUCUUAUAGGGAUUGUGUUGAAGUUGAAGUGCAGCCAGUGUCUUUCUGAAAUUUCACAACCUGUGAUAUUAGUAGUAAGAUGUAAUUUUAAAAAAGUGUGUAUGUGUAUAAUUAAGUUUUUUAUGAGGCCGACAGUGUCAAUGAAAUUGUAGAUUAGUUACAUAGCUAGUUGUACGUACCUUUAUUCUUAUAAGUUGAGUAGAUAUCUUCGUUCACUAAUCUUGUAUAAGAGCCAGGGUAAACUUUUAAAGUCGUAAAAUGAAAAUAAGUAAAAGGCAAAGCAAAAUACUUCACAUAUUCUGCCAUAUGUUAACAAUCUGAGAAAUAUUUUAUAGCUCCCCAUAAGUGCAAUAAACCAGUGUACUAAAUAUGAAAUAAAUUUUAAACGGUUACGAUGUAGGUACAUAAAUAUAGUUUCAACAUAAAAUCUCCACACAUAUUCUUAUUAUUUACGUGAUUUUAUUCUGGCGGAAUAACUGUUUAUGUCUAACACUCAUACGGUGUUAUGUUAUAAAACAUUUUUUGAGUGAGAGUUGGAGAAGUAUACAAUAAUUUGAUUGAUUCGUUUUAAAUAAAUUUCUGUCUUUUGCAAAUAUAUUUUUUUUCUGUUAAUUUGGUUUAGUUUAAUAAUUAAUAUUACGUAUAUAAUAUUAUAAUAUCAUCAUUUGUAAUUUUUAUAAUUCUCAUAUAGUUUAUCGUUGGUGUAGUUCUUGUAACUGUAAUACAAUAAUAUGUGUAUAUAUUGACCGAUAAUUUUGAUAGAAAAAAGUAUUUUUUCACAUAGGAGUACAUAUAUUUUUACAAUUAGCAAACGUAAAGCACUACCUAUAGUUCAGGAACAUGAAAUAAUGAUGUGCUCCGAUGGAUUAAGUAUAGAUACUGAACAGAAAUUAAUCUUAUUAAGUUUUCGAGAUUUUUUUAGUAAGAGUUUCAAAUUAAUUCAAGAUUGUAAAUAACACAAAUUAUAUUUAAAUGACUUUGUCCGGACACCUUUAAAGAGCAACAAAAAUUACUCUGAAACCUAAUUAGUGGCACUGAUAGAAAUACGCUUAUUCUAUCCCUGAUGAUGACUCCUUUCCUUAAUGGUGUGUUGUAAAUAAUAGUAGAUAUAAAACACUUUUCAAACAUGAGUGUAGUAAAUGUCUUUAACAUUUUCCUUUAAGUUUGUGUUUAGAAUGUUUUGAAUUCAUUUACAAAGUAGUUAGAGCAUUUAAUUUACACCUUCCUUUUGGUUUUUGUGAACUUUUUAUAAAGCUGUGUUUAAGGUUUUUUAGUUCAUACUCAGUACCUUAAUACCAAUGCAUUUAGAUUAAAAGUCACCAAAGUAUAUUUUAAAUGCAAAAAUUGGUUUAUUAAAUAACCAAAUCUUUAAACUUAUAAUUACUUUUGUAGUAACAUCUCUGCCAUGUUAAAAUUAAUAAAUGGCAUAUUUAACAUGUAUUACUCAUUUGUAUAUACAUUGUAUUUUUAACAUUUAAUUUGUUGUCAGUUUGAAUCCAAGCUCAAACGAAGCUAGGUUAUGUGAUAUCGGUAGUGCACAUAUGUUAAUGUUUGUCAUUAGACUGUGAUAUGAUAGACACGAACUUACUCAGUCGUGUAAUUAGUUCCCUUUUGUAUUAUUUUUUCGCCAUUUCAGUUUUUGUAUUGUUUAAUGAAUUUUGUAUUAUAUAUUGUUUAAGUGUGUGAUUAUGUAACUUCUCAUUGCAGUUAUGAUUAUUUGUACACAUUAAUAAAUAAUUACAAUGAAAACAGUAUAUUGUUUAAUUUGAUACAGUUAAUGGCAUGCUUUAAAAUAGCUUAAAUUUUAGUUUGAGUUCGGAGUGUUAAAUUAAAACGUUGCAAUAAAAAAUGUACUAAAAUACAAAUAAAUGACUGGAAAGAAAUCAUAACUGAUGUCUAAAAGCUGUAAAAAUAUGAAAUAAAAAUCGAUUGUCAUAUAUAAUUGAGAUAAAAACUCAAAAUUUUGGUAAACAUGGCUUCCAUAUACAAUUAAAUAAGCAAUUCUGAAUCUGCUUCUAUGCAAUAUUACAAUUAGCUCAGUUAAAUUUUGCAGGUAACCUGUACAACUGGAUGUUAAAAUUUUAAUUACUUGUAAAAUACAUUUUACACAUGAAUGCUAUUAUUUUAUGGUAAAAUACUUUCGAAAUCAUAUUACAUAGCUCACUAUCUAGUGUGAAAACACAAAGGAUGCGGUAAGUUAUUUGUGUAAUCGCGUAUAGUUUUAAUUUCGUAGUCAGUGUUACGUGGUUGUCAGUGACUAUAAAUAAGAACUUUUGACUCGGCAAGCAUGUUUCUACGUUCCAUGUAAACUUUUCUUAUUGGGUUAGGGACGGACCGGCUCACACUGGCAUUAUUCCAAUCAAAGGAAAGUUUUACGCCAUUUGAUUAACUUGAAAAAGUUUAUUUUCCCCUAAAUUUUCCUUACCAGUCUGUGCCAGCCAACUUAGUUAUUUUGUUUCUAUGAUUUGGUUUACUCAAAUUUCUGGAUAUUUAGCUCUUAGUAAUUUUAGAAAACUCAAAAUGUUUUUUUUAUAUUGAAAUUCUGAAACUAACUUUCAAGCCAAAGACUACGUUGAAAAUGUUAAUACAAGCCGGUAAAAUGCACGAACACAUGAUAAAAAUUAAACACAAAUAGACUUCUAAAGUUUUUAUAACAAUUAAAUAACACAAAUCUAUACCUCGGAGGCAUAAGAAACUAUGUCACAAAUAAUAUUUUUCAUGAGAUCAAUUCAAAGAAUUGUAAAUAGUACCACCUCACUUAAUUACCUACUCAUCUAUUUUCUACCCAAAUUAUGUGAAUUUUUUACACAGCAUAGAGGUUAGUGUUGUAUGCCACUAGAAAGAACGUCAAUGGUGAUAAAAAUUUAUGGUUAAAGGUGUAUUUUGCACAAAAGUGGACAUAGUGUCUUAUGCCUCCGUGGUACAGAAAUGGAGUAGAUGAAAGAAAACAUUUAUAAAAUACUACCCAUGCACCUGAUGAGAAAGUAUUUGAUCCUCAUUUUUGAAGAAUUACCAAAAACGCUGAUACAAGUGAUUUAUUUAUGAAUGGAAGCCUAAACACCAAUUAGGCCCCUAUCCAUAUUCCUAUCAUCAAAAAUGACAAACAUUUCAUCACUUAUUUAACUAUAUGGGUUGAAUUUUCAAAAGUCCUUUUUUAUCGCUCACCUACGUUAUAUAAGGAAAUCCUGUGCAACAUUUCAUGCUUCGGUUUAAGCUGUGUGUUGUCUGUCAGUCUAUAUUAGAGUUUUAUUAAGUAGAUAAACCCACAUAUAUUAUGAAUUCACAAAAGUAUAGAAACAACAUAAUUGAGGAAAUUACUCCCGAGUGUCACCAUUCCAAUCUCUUAAGAGGGGGAGAUAGAAAAAGAAAUAUUUAAUUUUGGUUUCAAUGGUUUUAAGGC